UCAGACCAGAUUUAUUUACGCCUUCGAUUUGCCGACAUAACACGGAAAGAGCAAGACAGAUCGAGUAAAUCUCUACAUUUCGACCAUGUUUCUUAAGAUGAUUGUGGCGUUUCUGGCGGUGAUUUUGACCGUGUCGAGCGCUGGGCUGGUCGGAGGACCAAUGGAUGCGGAUAUGGACAAAGAAUCUCAGAGUGCGCUACAGUUCGCAAUGACCCAGUACAACAGACAAAGCAAUGAUGCGUAUGUGAGUGAUGUUUCCAGAGUCACCAAGCUCCAAAAACAAGUUGUUGCUGGGAUUAAAUACAUCUUCACCGUGGAUGUGGCCAGAACCACUUGCAGAAAGGGUGGAGUUGAGGAGCUGUGUGCCAUUCAUAAGAACCCUGACAUAGCUCAGGUCAAGGAAUGCAAAAUAGUGGUCUGGACCAAGUCUUGGGAGAGUUUCAUUAAAGUCACUGAAAACUCCUGCCUGUAGAGGAUGCAACUGUUGCAGUUUGAAGCUUUUCGACACUCAAAGAGCAAUAAAACCUGCUUAUUAUUGCUUAUUAUACUUAACUUUAAUUACUUACUAUUGAUACGAUAGGAAUUGUGUUUUUAUAUAUAUAUAUAUAUAUAUAUAUAUAGUUGAAGUCAAAAUAAAUUUUUUCUUUAAUAAAUAUUUCCUAAGUGUUGUUUAAUGGAGAUAAGUUUUUUCAACACAUUUUUAAAUCAAAAACAUUUUUUAAAAAUUGUUUUAAUAUUUUAAAAAUGUUUAAAUGAUUAAAAUAAUUUUAUUUAAUUUUAACUUAUUAUUUUGUCCUUGCCAUGAUGACAGUAUAUUGUAUUUUACUAGUUAUUUUACUGCAUACUAAUAUUCAGUUUAAAAUGCAAUUUAAAGACUUAAGGUUAAUCAGAUUAACUACGUUAGGUUAUUUAGCUAAGCUGUUGGAUGACUGUGGUUUGUUCUGUAGUCAACUGAAUAAAUAUAUAUAUAUAUACUGCUUAAGGGGGCUAAUAAUAUUAUCCUUAAAAAAAAGUUUAUAAACAUUCUUUAUUUCAGCUAAACUAAAAGAAAUAGGACUUUCCCCAGAAGAAACAAUAUUACAGGAACUACUGUGAAAAAUUAAUCGGUCUGUUAAACAUCAUUUGAAAAAUAUUUGUAAAAGAAUAGAAAUUUCACAGGAGGGCUAAUCAUUUUGACUUCAACUUUAUAUAUAAAUGCUUGACUAACACAUAAAUGUGCAAUCUCAAAAAUGUGUAAUGCUCCGAAAGAUCUACAAUCUGAAAGAAUUUCUAAAUAAUAAGCCGCAAGUUCUUAUAUUUCUUCACCCUUUGCGUAAUAAAAAAUGGUUGAACAAGUCUUA